UCUGGUCAUCCUGAAGGAAUCCCGGAAGUGCUGUCGUUAGCUAACAUCGGCAGGUGAAAGGAGAAAGUACAGCUCCAUAUCUGCCUGUUUGCUUCAGCAGACGUGCUCCAUUUGUUCUGUACUCCUCACAGCAGGAUGCCUGAAGUUCACACGCCAAGGAUCCAAGCCGUUCAAACCAGCGCUUGCGCUGGACUGGAUGGCUUCAAGGCUCACGCUGUGUUCCAGGAGAUCAACAAGAAGCUUCAGGAGGAAGGGGAGCAGUUUGUGAGGAAAAUCGGGGGAAUUUUUGCCUUUAAAGUGAAGGACGGCCCAAACGGACAGGAGGCCACGUGGAUCGUGGACGUGAAGAACGGUAAAGGCUGCGUUCACAACGACACAGACAAGAAAGCCGAUUGCACCAUCUCCAUGUCGGAUACAGACCUGCUGGCUUUGAUGACCGGGAAGAUGAACCCGCAGACGGCGUUUUUCCAGGGCAAACUGAAGAUCACAGGAAACAUGGGCCUGGCCAUGAAGCUCCAAAACCUCCAGCUGCAGCCGGGCAAAGCCAAGCUGUAGAGCAGAUGCUUGGUCCAGUCCUCACCAACAUGGAGAGGUUGCUUCCACAGAAACAUUGGAGGCUGUAAGGAAUCAAUGCGGACGGACCGAUCCAGUUUUUCUCUUGGGUGAUCUCACUGACCAAGCAGGGGAUUAGUCAGAGCCCCGCCUGUCUAACUGGGGAAUAGAUAGAUGGACAGAUCAUUAAUUUCCUAAUUGAGUUCCUGUCUGCGGGUUUUUUUAGUGUCAGUCUGCCAGAUCUCAGACGGCUGCUCCCUACUUUGCUACUAAUUGCAUUUCUGUCCAGAUUUUCUAACCCUCACCAAUGAUGAAUUGUAACUUUGCGUGCUCUAAAACUGGAGCUGAUGGACAAUAAGUUGCACAACCAUGACUGCAGCUGUGUAAGUGCCUCCCUCAGUGUCUCUAAUCAAUGUUUGUAGUUAACCCCCCUAAACAGAGCAGUUUCUGACCAACACUUUAUCUCUCUGGGCUGUAAUUUCCUGCAUUGUAUAAAUUUGUCAGAUUUCUUUGAAAUAAAGUUGUCUUUACUGAA